AUGAAGACUGUUCCAAGAAAGGAAGGCACAACCAAGGCUCCUGCCGAGGAGGCUCGGCGGCAGCUGGUGCGCGCUCUUCUCAUCGAGCUCAUGGCGUAUCAAUUUGCAUCUCCCGUGCGAUGGAUCGAGACUCAAGAUGUCAUUCUCUCCAAAUACAAGGCUGAGAGAGUAGUCGAAAUUGGCCCUUCGCCGACUCUAGUUGGCAUGCUGCGAAAGACACUCCAAGCCAAGUUCAAAACAAGCGAUUUGGCAGCAGGCCUACAUAGGCAGAUGCUCUGGCCCGAGAAAGACGCCAAAGAUGUCUACUACGAACACGAUCCAGUUUUAACUACUUCAAAGGAAUCUCCACCCGCGUCGGAGACGCCUUCCCCAAAUGAUUCCUCUUCUACGACCGAAGUGAAUCCCCCGGCAACUCAUUUAAUAAAGUCAAAACCUGAGCCACCGGUAGGAGAAACACUUGCACCGGUUGAAGACCGUCAGCCUGCCGCUAGUGAAGUCCUUUUGGUUCUACUUGCAAAAGGUUUGAAAGUUUCUACUGAGCAGGUCGUCGUGUCUAAAAGCAUCAAAGCCCUCACAGGUGGCCGCUCAACAUUGGAAAAUGAAAUCAUUGGCGAUUUAGGUGCCGAGUUCGGCUCUCUUCCAGAACGUGCAGAGGAUAUGUCAGUAUCUGAAUUAGCCGAUGCUUUGCAAACGACUUUUCAAGGACAACUUGGAAAGAAGGCCACAACAUUGAUAAACUCUCUUAUGAGUUCAAAGAUGCCUGUCUCAUACAAUGUGACGACGACGAGAAAAUAUUUGCAGUCUCGUUGGAGACUAUCUCGAGGCAGACAAGAUUCCAUAUUGCUGCUAGCCAUCUCCACUCCCCCGUCUUCAAGAAUAGAGGGCGAAAAAGAUGCAAACGAAUUCUUUGACCAAGUUGUUCGCCGAUAUGCUUCUCAGCAUACACUGUCACUAGAUGCACCCGUCGAUUCGUCUAUUUCUCAAUCACCCGGCGCUGUCGCUUUAGACCAAGAGACUCUCGCUGCGCUCACUGGAGGCCAGCAGGAGCUUUCAAGAAAUUUACUUGGUGUUUAUGCGAAACACAUUGGGCUCGACUUAGAUCACGACAAACGCACCCUUGAGAAUUUCCAUAGUACAGUGGAAGCAGGGCUUCGGGAAGAAUUGAAUCGAGUAACCCUUGAGCUUGGUGAAGACUUUACUUCAGGUGUUCAGCCACGUUUUAAGCGACUCAUGUCCCGCUCUUACGAUUCUUCAUGGGCAUGGGCCCUUCAAGACCUACUUCAAUUAUACUAUGAGUUAACCGGCCCCUCAAAAAAUAGAAAUGGAGCCCCAGAAAGCGACCUCCACGGCAUUGCGGAACGCUGCGUCCACAUUGCUCAUGCGGCAGAACCGUCUGUAAUACAUGUUCUUGACCACAUGAUUAGGACAGUGGGAGAACAGUCUCGGGUGGUUUCUUUGCUACACCAGUUGAAAAUCAAGUGUCUGGACACGCUUCGCACCGGGCCGACUUACCAAUACGUCCCUGUCACUGUUGCUCCAAACACCACAAUCGAUGAGGAGGGGAACAUCCGAUACGCUGAGGUAAACUUCAGUGGCGCUGCUUCUUUACUAGACCUGGCUACGCCCGCGCAAAACAAUACCGCUAGCGAUGUACCAUGUUUGCACCUCAAAACAAAGGUGGGACAUGGCUGGAAAUACUCCGAGUCGCUAACGGGACAGUUCCGUGGAGCUUUAGAAACAGCGCAAACCGUUGGCGAGUCCUUUUCGGGGCGGUCCGUGCUAAUUACGGGGGCCGGGAUCGGUUCGAUUGGCGCCGACCUGCUUGGUAGAUUGCUGUCUGGUGGCGCUCGCGUUAUCGUCACCACUACCAGAUUCUCUCCGGAGGUCGCUCGCGAAUACCAAGAGAUCUACACCACUUCUUGCGCUCGUGGAUCUCAGCUCGUGAUUGUACCUUUCAACCAAGCUAGUGUUCAAGAUGUCAACGCCCUGGUUGAAUAUAUAUACGAUUCAAACGGCCUCAACUGGGAUCUCGACUAUAUCGUCCCUUUCGCAGCUAUACCUGAAAAUGGCCGUACUGUCGACAAGAUUGAUGAUAAAUCUGAGCUAGCACAUCGUAUCAUGCUAAUAAAUCUCCUUCGACUUCUCGGUGCCGUGAAAGGGCGAAAAGCAACACUUGGCUCUACUUCGCGACCUACUCAAGUCAUCCUUCCUCUCUCACCAAAUCAUGGAACCUUUGGCAGCGACGGUCUCUAUGGCGAGUCAAAGGCGGGCCUUGAAACGUUAUUUGAGAGAUGGCACUCCGAAGACUGGUCUGAUUAUUUGUCCAUAUGCGGCGUUGUCAUUGGCUGGACGCGUGGUACUGGCUUAAUGAAUCAUAAUGACAUUGUCGCCGAAGGCAUUGAGCGGCUUGGUGUCAAGACAUUCUCCAAGAGUGAGAUGGCACACUGCUUAAUGUGCUUGAUGUUCUCAUCUAUUGUUGAUUUAUGUGAAGAAGAGCCUCUUUACGUAGAUCUAAGCGGCAAGAUGGGCCAGGUAUCUGACCUUCGCGUUGCAGUGCAAAAUAUUCGGAACGAACUCCAGGAAACUUCCGAAAUUAGGCGUAUGAUUAUCCAUGAAGCUGCAUUAGAGCUUGGACAUUCACACAGUGCUCUCAGAGAGAAGUCUAUAUCCCUGGAGACUCCGACCAUGUCUCAUAAAGCCCAGCUUCGCAUCGACUUUCCCUCACUUCCGCACUAUAAAUCGCAAAUCCAACCGUUAGGUAACGACCUUCGUGACAUGGUGGAUCUUGAGCGUGUUAUAGUCAUAACGGGAUUCGCGGAGUUGGGCCCCUGGGGAAAUUCGCGAACCCGAUGGGAGAUGGAAGCGUAUGGUGAAUUUUCGCUCGAAGGUUGUGUCGAAAUGGCAUGGCUUAUGAAUCUGAUCAAGUAUCAUGACGGCAUUUUCAAAGGGAAACCUUACCACGGCUGGGUCGAUAGCCAAACUUCAGAGCCAGUUCUCGAUGUUGACAUUAAAAGGCUUUAUGAGAAACGUAUCUUGGCCCAUUCUGGAAUACGGCUAGUGGAACCGGAACUCUUCAAUGGCUAUAACCCGGAAAAGAAACAACUUCUUCAUGAGAUUUUUGUUCAGGAGGACUUGCCACCCAUCGAGGUUGCGGAGACGGCUGCGCGCCAAUUUCAAUUAGAACAUGGUGAUAAAGUGGAUAUUACGAAGAUCCACGACUCUGAUCUCUAUCGUGUCAUACUUCGAAAAGGGGCGAAGCUAUUAAUCCCCAAAGCUAUGAAAUUUCACCGCUUGGUUGCUGGCCAAAUCCCUACGGGGUGGAAUCCGAAAAUUUACGGCAUACCAGAUGACAUUAUAUCACAAGUCGACCCAGUUUCCCUCUUCACAUUAGUCUGCACAAUUGAGGCUUUGCUUUCGUCUGGAAUCACUGAUCCGUACGAAAUUUACCAGUACAUCCAUCUUUCCCAAGCCGGAAAUUGUAUAGGGUCUGGUAUUGGUGGCUUCCAAGCCCUGCAAAGAAUGUUCAAGGAGCGCUACACGGAGAAGGAUGUGCAGAGCGAUGUUCUAGCAGAAUCUUUUAUUAAUACUGUUGGGGCUUGGGUGAAUAUGCUACUCUUAUCUGCUUCCGGGCCACUCCGUACUCCAGUUGGAGCUUGUGCUACGGCUUUAGAGUCUCUUGAGCUGGGCUGCGAUACCAUUAUCAGUGGCAAGGCCAAAUUCUGUCUUGUCGGUGGUGUUGACGAUUUCGGUGAAGAACUAUCUGCGGAAUUUGGAAACAUGAAAGCCACAAGCAAUAGCGUCGAUGAAUUUGAACGUGGAAGAGGUCCAAGGGAAAUGUCACGCCCGACAGCAACGACACGUAGCGGUUUUAUGGAGUCUCAUGGGUGCGGCAUACAGGUGAUAACAAGUGCGAAAUUGGCAAUAGAAAUGGGCUUACCCAUCCGCGGGGUGGUCGCCUUCUGUGAAACCGCCAGCGACAAAACGAGCCGGUCUCUACCGGCGCCUGGUAAAGGGCUUCUUUCCAAAGCGCGAGAAUCUGCUUCCAAUUUCCCUUCAGCCCUACUAAGUAUUCCUAAUCGCAGGAAGAGACUCGACUUCAGAAGAAGUCAAAUUUUUGCGGCGCAUCAAACAGCACUCGAAGACCUGGACCAAGAGAUAUUGGUUGCUAAGGCUGAAAACCCUUCGCUAGAUUCUGAUGCCUACUACCGCUACCGCGUGAGACAAAUUAAUGAGCAGGCUCAACAAGAAGAACGCGAUGUGCAAUAUUCUCUUGGAAAUAAUUUUUGGAAAAACGACCCCCAAAUAGCGCCUUUACGAGGAGCAAUGGCAACAUGGGGUCUGACUAUUGAUGACCUGAAUGUAAUUUCCUUCCAUGGGACAUCAACUCAACUCAACGAGAAAAACGAAUGCAAUGUUGUUCAGGCUCAAUUGACCCAUCUCGGCCGCACGCCCGGAAACGUAACAAUGGGAGUUUUCCAGAAACAUUUAACUGGCCAUCCCAAAGGCGCUGCUGGCGCUUGGAUGCUGAAUGGUGCUCUCCAAAUGCUGGAGACUGGACUGGUCCCAGGAAAUCGCAAUGCGGAUAAUAUUGAUGAAGCCUUGAAGAAAUUUGACCAUAUUGCUUUCCUAAACAAAAGCAUUCAGACAAAAGGACUAGAAGCCGUUUCGGUUUUGUCUUUUGGUUUCGGACAGAAAGGUGCCCAGGCAAUUUGCAUCCACCCAAAGUACUUAUUUGCAACCUUAUCGCGUCAAUGUUAUGAGUCUUAUAUCGAAAAACGCAGCGCCAGAAUCGCAAAAGCGGACAAUUUCUUCUCCCAUGGCCUAACAUCGCAGUCAAUGUACCAAGUCAAGACAUCACCGCCAUACCCCAUGGACCAAGAAAUGGUCGCUCUAUUGGACCCAUCUAUGCGAUUUCCACAAACCACUAAAUGA